AAUAAAGAUACUAAUAUUAAAAUGGAAGGACCAGCCCAAGACCCUGUUGAAGAAACUGAGCAAUAUCACUGGCCAGCUCUAGAGAGCGACCCAGAGAUAUUUACUGGGUACAUGAACAAACUCGGAAUGAGCAUCGACUGGCAUAUCUGUGAAAUUUUUGGCAUGGACGAUGACUGCCUCAGCUUUGUCCCAAGACCAUGCGUUGGAGUUAUAGUGACAUUUGAAAGAACUGAGGAUAGAGAUGAUGGAAAACCAGGAGAUGGUACAUCCUCCACUCUUGUCCCCUUCUACAUGAAACAGACAGGAACAUUGGAUAAUGCCUGUGGCAUUAUAGCAUGCUUACAUGCUAUUAUAAAUCAUAUAUCAGAUAUUUCCUUGGCGGCUGACUCUAUUUUGGACAAGUUCAAGAAGGAUACUGCCGAUAAAACUCCUGAAGAGAGAGCUUCUUACUUAGAAGAGUUCAAGGAUUUCCAGGAGGAACAUAAGUCUUAUGCAUCACAAGGACAAACUGAGGCUCCUACCAGUAGUGAGAAGGUAAAUCACCACUUUGUUGCAUUUGUCAAGAACUCAAGCAAUCAGCUUAUUGAGUUGGACGGAACUAAAGAUGGACCAGCUGUUAUCCAAGAUGAUUGCGAAGAUCUGCUUAAAGGAGUAGCUACUGAGCUUCAGAGAAGAUUAGCAGCUGGAAACAUCACUGAAUCACUAUCAAUGAUGGCUCUUUCAAAGAAGGCAUAAUUCAUCAGCCAUUUAAUAGAUUCUUCAAUUUUA